AUGGCGCUCUUAGAUAACCACCUCGAGCAGAUCUCGCUAUGUUCCGCGUCAAUCGCCGAGUUGCACUUUGCCCCGCCCAAGAUAUUCACCAAUGCACUGCUGCAGAACCACGAUAUCACUAGCUUGAUUCGCGACACCGAAGCACACGAGCGCGCUCUGUUUUCUGUCCCUCCGCCGCCAGCAGCGCCCAGGCAUGCUGAGCCACCCACAUCGGCCAACAGGCGCAACACCAUCUUCAACCCCAACGGCGGUCCUGGCGCAACCACGUCAGGCGGAGGAGCCAAUGCAGUUCGCGCACCCAGACGUAACACUGCUGUGGCCGCAGUCCUUGGUAACGAGCUCGUAGAGAGGAUCAGAAGAGGCGGAGGUGGCGGCGCAGGUUCAGGUCUGGGCUACCGCAAGUACGAUGCAAGCAACAAGAACGAGGUAGACGUGGAGUCGCUACUCGAAGGGGCUGAGAAGCUACUUGGCGUGUACCAAGUGCCAGGUGCGCACGAGAAGAUCGCUGCUAUGCGCCAGCGACACGCUAGGCUAGAGGCUUCGCUGGAAUACUACGAGAACCGGCUCGCCGAACAGACUGCUCAACUAGGCCGACUGAAUCGAUCGCGAGGCGAAUACGUUGACGAAGACGACGAGGUUGAAGACGAGCCGCAAGAGGAGCUUGUUCUGACAGCCGAGGACCUGCGCCGAGAAGAGGAGGAAGUACGACAGCUGGAGUCGAAGAAGAGAGGCCUUGAAGACCGAGUACACUCUAUGGGCAGGGACAUUUCAGGUCUGCGGUGA